AUGCGCAAGCGUGUCAUUCCUCUUGCCGCGCCCGAGGCAGCUCUUUUCGCCACAAAGAAGCCACUCUUGCCUGCUUCAGGUUCAUACCGAGUCGCUUUCUUCUUGCCGGCACCUGCCAAGGUCAUCAUCACCCACGGCGACAACGGUAAGACUGACCGUAGGGAGAAGCAGGAAUCCAGCUGCUUCCCGCGCUACCAAGCGCAAGACCGCUGCAUCUGUCCCCGUCUCCCCCUCACCUCCACCGAGAAGAUCAAUGGACUACCCGCCCUGCGGAUCAGAACGAGUUCGAGGACCCCGAUGAAGAAGAAUAAGAAGAAGGAGAGGGACUCAUUUACGAUCGCAUUGAAGAGGAGGAGCAAGAGGCUAGCGGCGCCAGCCGUCGAGAGAAGCACAUCAACGAGCGCGAAGAGAAUGCAGUCGCGGAAAUUCAAGGGAGGCUUGGCGGACUCACUGGAGUGGGAUGAGCAUGAUGAGGCAGGGAGCGAAGCCGAAUUCUGUGGAGCGGGCGGGCACGACGGCGAGGUUGAGGCAGACGAUGAGGACGGUGAUGCGGAGGAGGAGGAUGAAGAAGCGGAGGAGGAGGAAGAUGGUCAAGUGGCAGGACAGAAGAGGACCACUUCCAACCUCAAUGAGGUCCUACAAUUGAAGGCCUUUGAGAGCGCAUGGCAGGCGAAGGACAACCCGCCUCGUCAAUCAAGACAAGUACCUCCUCUCAACGCAGCUGAUCCGACCAUCCUCGCGAACUUCAACGAGAUUGUCGCAACUUCAAAUCUCAAGCUGCGAAACAAGGCUUUGCUCGAGGCGGCCAACACGAUCUCGUCCGCACAGAGGAGAAGCGCCGUCAAAACGCUUGACGACUGUGGUCUGGGCGAGCAUCGUCGGAAGCAACGCCAGGAGCAGACGCGAGGGGCCAACAAAGGCGCAGCCUCAGCCUAG